UUUUGAGUCCCUCCUGUGUAAUGCCACGGGUGAGGCCCACUAGCAUGAAGCCUGCUUCUGGGUCUCGCUUUGGCCGAGAGAAAUUCCAGAUCGUUUACGUCAAUAGUUUUGGCCACCACCGCUCUGGCAAUGUGAUUCACUAUAGUGGCAGCAACAGCUGCCGCCACCUCAGGGAGCAAGAGGAAGUGGCUCUGACAAGCGCCCAGGCCUCCUGUCUCACAGCUGAGGCGCCCUCAGCCAUUUCUGACGGGACAGGUUCAGGAGACGCAGCAGCCCCUUCUCCUUCCUCAAAGGACCCACGGGGCCCACACUUGCUUCGAGCCACUUCGGCUAAGCAAGUGGAAGGUGCUUGUGAGAGGGGGGCGCUGAGCAAAGCAGGCCAGGCCAAGAGGUUCAAAGCCAGAAAGCUUCCUGAAGGCCGAAGGGCCAGGACAGAAGAAUUACUACCCUCUCUGAAUCAAGAGUGGAACAGGAAGAGAGGAGAUUUAAUUUUCCCAGCCUCCACUGGUCAAAAGUCUGCAGUGUGGUCUGGAGUAUAUAAAGUAAUUUCUAAGAUGGUAGAGGAAAACAGUCACUUUAGAGAUAGACUGAUAUCCUGUAGCCAGUUCUCAAGUGAAGGCAGAAAUACGAGUGAGAACAUACAAACUGGGGCUUCAUGCAUUGGCACAGAUGAAGCCAUUUUUGGAUGGGUAUAGGAAAUGAAGUAGCAAGGAAAUGAAGAUUUACUGUCACGUUACAAAUUAAUUUUGUUUUUAAAAAUUUGCAAUCCAGUGACCUUUGACCAUUCAAAAGGAACAGAUUGUUGACAUCAGAGAGACUGGAGUACAAAUUCCAUGCAAGUAAUGUGGAACAUACUUCUUUUUGCCUCUUUAGUGUAACGGCUUCAUUUUUGGUGCAAGUUUGAUGAAGUUGUAUAACCUGUUUAAAUCCUGGAUAAGCAAAUCACCAUUUUACUUUGUUGUUGUUUGUUUUAAAUCCUUGUACCAGGAUUUGAUAAUUUAUGAAUACAACACAAUAAAACAUGUUAAUGUUGAUUCUACAUGUUCAAAGCUAAUUGGCUGUUCAGAAUAAAAUGUGGUCCUGUCUGUUAAAUAAAGAAGCACAAGGCAUUUCCAUCUCUGGAAUAACUCCGAUUCCUUGUCCAGUGUACAGGAAUGCUACAAUGGAAUCUUUGUGUGUAUUCUGAAAAUAGAAGAUGACCAUCAUCAGUCAUACCUGACUAUAGGUAAUAAGUGCAACAAGGUAUGAAUUCAUGAAGGUGAUGAACAUGAGAUAUGUGAAACUCCAGCAGCUGUUCACCUUAAUGUAGCUUACUGGUGGGGAGUUAUAGAAAGGCUCUGCCUCCUCCCAAUGUUUGCUCUUUUGAAACAGCUCUUCUGUAAUACCUCACUUCUAUGGAUAAUAACCUGAAAAUACCACCACUUGCAGCACAAGUGUGUAGUUCAGGUGCUGCACAGCUUUUGG